AGUAUUUGACGCUGUGACUCUGUAGAGACGGUUACGAUUUCCUUUGAGCAUAGUAUAAUUUAUUUUUUAGAGAAAAUAAUACAUAUACCCUUAAUUUAUUUCAAAAAAUAAUAAUAUAAUGUUAUUUUAGGAAUAAUCUCUUGUGAGUACUAAUAAAACAUGACAUUAGUUCACUGUAACAUAUUAAGCCUUUGAAAACAUAUUAUGUUUUCCAAAGUUUGGCUUCCUUCUGCAGAUUUUUUUAUAUAUACUUAGUACCGCGUAUAAACGAGAACUAAUAAAAAUAAAUGAUCUAUAAAUAUAUUUUAUUUCUUAAUUUCAAUUACGUUUUUAAGGAUUUCUUUUGGUGAAAGUUGAUGGUAUUGAUAUAAAAUUGAUUGUGUAUCUUUGACCUAAUUUUGGCAUUAUAUAUCGUCGCAAAACAAUUUACGUUUAGUUAAAACAGCAUCUGGCUCAUUGGUGAUCGUCGUAGUGGGAUUUUGAUAUAGAAAACUAGUGUUCUCUGGUGUUAUUCAAGUUCGACAAAUAUAUUAGGAUAUUCUUCACAGGGUAUCAGAAUGAUGUCAUGUGAGAAGCCCCAGAUUCCGCAGUUUUACGCGGGAAGAUCGGUCUUCAUCACCGGCGCUACUGGGUUCGUAGGACAAGUGCUGGUGGAGCGGCUGUUGUAUACGUGUCCUGAUAUCGAGAGGCUAUUUCUACUGCUGAGGGAGAAGAAAAACUGUGGACCUAUGCAACGGUUACGUUUACUUAAAGAUUCGCCAGUUUUCGAUAAUGUCCGCCAGAAAAACCCCUCGCAGCUGGAGAAGCUGACAGUAGUAUCAGGAGAUAUCACGAAGCCGCAGCUCGGUCUCCAGCAGGAAUCGAUUGAUCUACUUCAGAAUGUAUCGGUGGUAUUCCAUUCUGCUGCGACGAUAAAAUUCGAGGAGCCCUUCGCUACGGCUGUAGAACAAAACAUUAAACCUGUCACCAAGAUUAUGGAGCUGUGUGACAAUCUACCUAAUAUGGAGGCGUUCGUGUAUGUGUCAACUGCGUACAGUAACGCCGAGCUGACCGUGGUGGAGGAGCGAGUCUACUCACCCCCCGUGCCACUGAAAAAUCACCUUGCUCUCGUAGACAACGCAACACCAGAACAACUGUCCAACAUCACACAAGAGUGUAUAGCGCCAAAGCCCAAUACGUACACAUAUUCCAAGGCUAUGGCAGAAGUGGUGGUGCAGGAGCACACUGGAAGAACGUACUCUGCUGCAAUAUUCAGACCUACUAUAGUGGUGUCAGCGAUGCGUCACCCGCACGCGGGAUGGGUGCAGGGGCUGAACGGUCCGAGCGGCGUGGUGGCGAGCGCGGGCAAGGGCCUGCUGCACGUGCUGCACGCUCGCGGCUCCGCGCGCGCCGACAUGCUGCCCGUAGACAUCGCCGUGGACACGCUCAUAGCUGUCGCCUGGGAGACUGCCACCGAUAGGAUACCUGAAGUGCGGGUAUAUAAUUGCAGUAGUAGUGAAAACCCUACAACUUGGAGUCAGUUCGAGGAUGGUAUAAGACGAAAUAUGCGCGAGCACCCGUUCGACAACGCCUUCUGGUGGCCCUGCGGAAGCAGUAUUGAAAAUUGGUUUGUUUACAAAAUCCUGGAGUUUCUAUUACAUACGAUGCCGUUAUAUAUAGCUGAAUACGUCAUGUUGUUACUGGGUACAAAAUCGAGGAUCAAUAUGAUAACGUUGAAUUCGCGGUUACAAGGCAUGAAUUCAGUGCUGGCGUUCUUCUCCAAGCGUGAAUGGAAGUUUGAUACACGCAACGUUCAAAUGUUGAGACGCAGACUUACACCACAGGACGCCGCCAUAUACAAUCUGGAUCCAAACACUAUAGAUUGGAAUGAACAUUAUAAAAAUUUCGUGAAAGGAGUUCGGAAGUACCUGUUGAAAGAAAGAGACGAAGACAUAGAAAAGGCAAAGCAUCAUAUGCGGAAACUGUACUUCCUGCAUCUAACCGUGCUUGUGGUGUUCAUUUUCUUAAUACUACGGACUGUGAUGCAAUUAACUAACACGCAAAAAGUUAUCUGGAGCAUCGGUGGAUUAAUAGAUGCUUUAUUAUAUUAGAUAAUAAAUACGGGUGUAGAGAUUAAACGAAAAUAAAUAUAUAAAAUUUUUUGG